AUGUCUUCCUCUACGCAGGACCUCUUACCACAACUUAACCUAGGAAACACGUUUGGCGCACUUUUUAUUGGGGUCGCCCUUUCAGCAGUUCUGUUUGGUGUGACCAACGUUCAAACCUUUAUCUACUUCCAGACACAUAAAGACACGGGAAUGACGUUUUUCAAGCUGAUUGUUAUCUGGCUUUGGAUACUUGAUGCUCUACAUCUGGCACUGAUUGUACAUUGCGUCUAUUACUAUUUAGUGACCAACUACGCGAGCUUCAAUGCGCUCACAGAAAUCGUGUGGAGCUUGAAAGUGAGUUUCCUACUUUGGCACUCUAUGCAGCCUGAUGACGCUUAUGAUAUUGAUGGACUCGUGCAGCUUCAGCUAAUAGUCGAUGUUCUCAUCGUUCCUACGGUACAUCUUUCGUAUGUCUAUCGCAUAUGGAUAGUCAGCAAGGGCCGAUCGAGAGUUCUCCCGGCUAUAAUAAUGUGCAUAGUCGUGGUUCUAUCAGGAGGUGUUGCCGUCCCUGUCGUGUUGGUGCAAUAUCGAUGCCGCUUUUUCCAGGAUGUGGUUGCAACCGAGUGGGCGACAUACUUGACUUUGGGCGCGGUUACUUUUGAUGACAUCCUUAUUGCAUCAUCACUAUGUUAUCUCCUCGCUACUUCCCGUACUGGAUUCUCUAGUACCGAUUCUUUCUUAACAAAGCUCUUGGGUUAUAUAAUCAGUACAGGCUGUCUGACGAGUAUAUGUUCAUUAAUAGCUGUAAUCACUUGCGCGGUGAUGCCGAGGAACUUCAUCUUUCUCAGUAUUGAAUUCUUAGUGACUAAAUUAUACGUGAACUCUUUCAUGGCACUUAUGAACGCACGAUACUACCUGCAGGCCGGCGCAGAUAAUGUGGGUUCUCCCAAAUUUCGUGCUGGCCAUAACGUUUUCCACCCCGAGCUACGCAUUGAGAUGUCGCAAGACGAGAAGCUUCAAACAUCGCGGACAGAUGUAUCUGAUGAUGCAGUGCUCCAUACUACUCGACCGAUUCAAGCUGUCAAAUUGCCAACGAC